AAAAGACAGGCGCUGCUUAUAUUAGCUCGGCGCGACGUGCACCGCUAUAGCUAUCAAUCAAUCAAUGUGAUCGCGAGCGUCCGACGGAGCUCGGAGGUGAUUGGUUCGCGCAGCUGUCCGUUAACUGGCCUGCGCGUGUCUUUGAGGAGAAAAGAGGAGGGUCUUCCAGUGAGGCUUUUUAUUUAUUUCUUUGUUUCCAGUCGGCUAAAAAAUAAUAAUAAUAAUAACAAUAAUAACAGCUAGCUAGCUGGCUAACCCUAGCUAGCUGUAUUAUUUCUGUGGGACUUCAAUGUUGUUCCGCUGGACCGCAUCACGCUAGGUAUUAAAACGCCUCAGCGAAGGGAAGGAGGAUGAAGCGGCGCAAUGCGGACUGCAGCAAACUCCGGCGGCCGUUAAAACGGAACCGUAUCACCGAGGGCAUAUACGGCAGCACCUUCCUGUACCUGAAGUUCCUGGUGGUUUGGGCGCUGGUGCUGUUGGCCGACUUUGUGCUGGAGUUCCGGUUCGAGUACCUCUGGCCAUUCUGGCUCUUCAUCCGGAGUGUGUACGACUCCUUCAGAUAUCAGGGCCUGGCUUUCUCAGUGUUCUUCGUGUGUGUGGCGUUUACAUCCGACAUCAUAUGCCUGCUCUUCAUCCCCGUGCAGUGGCUGUUCUUCGCUGCCAGCACGUACGUGUGGGUGCAGUAUGUCUGGCACACAGAAAGAGGUGUCUGCCUCCCCACCGUGUCCCUGUGGAUCCUCUUCGUUUAUAUCGAGGCAGCGAUACGAUUCAAAGAUCUGAAGGACUUCCACGUGGAUUUGUGUCGUCCCUUCGCAGCGCACUGUAUUGGGUACCCGGUGGUGACGCUGGGCUUCGGCUUUAAGAGCUACGUGAGCUACAAGAUGCGUCUACGCAAGCAGAAGGAGGUGCAGAAGGAGAACGAGUUCUACAUGCAGCUCCUCCAGCAGGCCCUGCCGCCAGAACAACAAAUGCUACAGAAACAAGAGAGAGAGGCAGAGGAGGUGGCUAAAAACGCACACGACGCCGACUCACCCCCCGCAGCUCAGAACGGCUCCGCCGGAGGCAAGAAGCCAGCAUCGAAUACUUUACCAGAGCUGGAGUACCGCGAGAAAGAGCGAGGCAAGGGCGAGUCUAAGAAACAGCAUAAUCAGAACCAGAACCAUCACAGCAGCAUCCUGCCUGUAGCGGACUAUAAUAAAGCACAGGAGCUGGAGUACAUGGAGAAUAAUGUGAACAGCAAGAGACUGAGCAGCUCCGAGCUGCUGGGCAGCACCGAGAACCUGCUCCUGAAGGAGGACACCUCUUCGUCGUCGUGCUCGUCCUCAUCCUCGAAUUCCACCUCCUCGAAAAAUCACAAAAACGCCAGCGUAGGCGGAGGUGUCGGGGGUAACUCGUCGCCCCGCGGCCACGGGACGGCUAAUGGCAGCGUGCCUUCCUCGACAGCACCUCCUUCUUCAUCUGGGAAGGGUGAGAAGAAGCAGAAGUGCGGAGGGAAAGGGGGGCACCGAGAUCCGACAGAGAACUGCAUCCCCAAUAACCAGCUCGGCAAGCCUGAGGCGCUGGUCAGGCUGGAGCAGGACGUGAAGAAGCUGAAGGCUGAGCUGCAGGCGAGCAGGCAGACAGAGCAGGACCUGCGUUGCCAGCUGGGAUCCCUGGGCACGUCGGAACGCAGCGUCCGCUCUGAACUCAGCCAGCUCCGCCAGGACAACGAGCUGCUGCAGAACAAGCUCCAUAAUGCCGUGCAGGCUAAACAAAAGGAUAAGCAGAUGCUGGGGCAGCUGGAGAAGCGCCUGAAGGCGGAGCAGGAAGCACGAGCGGCUGCAGAGAGGCAACUGGCAGAGGAAAAGAAACGGAAGAAGCUGGAGGAAGCCACAGCAGCCAGAGCCGUAGCCCUCGCAGCUGCAUCCAGAGGUGAGUGCACAGAAUCUCUAAGGAGGAGGAUCUCCGAGUUGGAGACGGAGUGUAAGAAACUCACGCUGGACAUUAAAGUCAAAGAGGACUUGAUUCGUGAGCUCGAGCUCAAAGUCCAGGAGCUGCAUAAAUAUAAAGAGAACGAGAAGGACACCGAGGUAUUGAUGUCUGCGCUGUCAGCCAUGCAGGAUAAGACCCAGCACUUGGAGAACAGCUUAAGUGCAGAGACCAGAAUCAAACUGGACCUUUUCUCUGCCCUCGGAGACGCCAAAAGACAGCUGGAAAUCGCACAAGGUCAGAUCCUGCAGAAAGAUCAGGAGAUCAAAGAUCUGAAACAGAAGAUUGCCGAGGUGAUGGCGGUCAUGCCCAGCAUCGCUUACUCAACAGAUACCAGCAACAUGAACCCAGUCACCCCGCACUACUCCUCCAAGUUCAUGGACACCAGUCCUUCUGGCCUGGACCCCAACGCAUCCGUCUAUCAGCCCAUGAAAAAAUGAAUGCCUGUGCCAGCUCACCAUGCCAUCCAUCUCUCUCUCACUCUCUCUCUCUCUCUCUCUCUCUCUCUCUCUCUCUCUCUCUCUCUCUCGUUUUCUUUUUCUUCUCAGGCCCAGACCUGACCCCUCUUCAAAAAUGUUUGGGGACUUCAUUUUUGUUGUUGUUUUUUCUUCUACUGCUAUUUCUGGCCUGGUCAGAAGGAUGUCGUAUUGUGUGACUGUGUUUGUUGUAGUAAAAAAAAAAAAAAAAAAAAAAAAAAAAUUUUAAGGGACAUCACCCUCUUGAGUAGGAAUCUGCUGUUGUUGGAUUUUUUUUUUUUCUUGUAAAAGUCUAGAAACCUCACAGACGUUGGCGUGCAUUUUUUUUUUUUCUUCGUCUUUUGUGCAAAAAAAAAAAAAAAGGCUCACACUUUUCUUGUACAUUUAUUAUUGGCCUUAAAACUUUUUUUUUUUUUUUUUUUUUUUUGGAAAGGAGGGGACAAAGUCUUGGAUUGACAGCAUUAGCUCUUAAAUUUUUUUUUUUUAAAUCCAGAAAAAGGAUGAUUAAAACGUCCUCUCUGAUUAAAUCACUUGCCCCUUUAAUAAUGUUAAAUUAAUUCUGUGGUCAUAUUACAGUGUGUUUAAAAAAAAAAAAAGUGAUGGAACUGUUUAAGAUUUCAAAAAGCACCCAGCCGUCAGAAACCCCAGUGCCUUUAGAUAGUACCGUGUUGGUGAAUCUGGAAGAUUUAGUCCCCUGCAGUUUUUUGAGCCUCCUUUUUUUUUUUUUUUUUCUUUAAUAACAGUUUCCCAAUCAGCUCUGAAGUCCCGACAGCACCUACCCUCCGACGAAUUCGAAUUCGGCCUGGGAUGCUUGUUUACGCCUCUUUAAUCGCCCUGAGUUGCACUGUUGUUUAAAUAAUGCUUGAAUAGUAUCUUAGAAAAGGGGGUAAAAGUGCGUGCAGCGUACAUAGAGUCUGAGCGUGUCCCGGAUUAUUCCAGAUUAUUUCACUAUCCAGGCAAUUCUGUGCCUGGCAGACGCUAAACUUUAGUCCAGUGCCAAGUAGCUAGGGCCGUGAUUUAGUUUUAAAGUGAUGUGCUGCAGAGGCAGAAGCAGCUAACAACCGUCAAGUGUAUUUUCAAUAGUUCAGUGUCUUGGUAGCGAAGAGCUGUUUGGUGUUGCCACACGAUGGCGUUAUUCUGCAUAGGAAAGUAUUUGGUUCUCAGUAUUGCAGAGUUCACAACCUGCUAAGGACACAAGUGUUGAGGAAAGCCAUGCUGUCGUCUUUCCCAAGACCCCGCCAUCGCCUUGUUUUCGACUUUUCCAGUACAUUAAUCCGAGUUCUUCGUUCUUGGAGAAAUUCGGCCCGGUUUGAAUAUCAGGUGUUCGUUUGGAAAGGUCACAAUUUUCUGUGGAUAGAAAAAUAAAUAAAUAAAUAAAUAAAUAAAUAAAUAAAGCACUUAGUGAGGAUUUUCUCUGGGAUAAUCCCUGGGAUAACUGCGACAUCAUCAGUGCUGUAAAUGAAGCUGGAACCUUCAUCCUGUGAUGAUGAGAUGAUGAUUGUAACAUUACAGAAUGUUCUAGUGUGGUUUAACGUGUUAGAAAAAGUGUCUUGAGAAAGAAAGGCUUCUGAUUUAUUUGAUUUAAGUCAGAUGUUUCUAUUGCUCUGGUGAGUCCUACGUGGUGUUCUAGUGAUCAGCGAUGGUUAUUGUUUUCUAUUGUAUUCUUUUUUUAUUUCUUUUUUUUUUUUUUCUUUUUUUUUUUUUGUAUUUUUGAGUGUGUGUGUGUGUGUUUAAAUUAUGGACAGUUUGAACGUUAACGUUUGCCUAUGGUGAAGUUAACCGGUCUGAAGACGACAAAAAUGACAAAAGAAAAUUUCAAGUGAAAAGAAGAAAGCACUUGUUUGCGUUCUUUGCCCUGUCACCUCUCUCUAGCUUUCUUUCUUCAUACCUUACCGUGGCUGCAUUCUCACUCUGUGAGGUUUUCAAGGAAUAAAAGGUUUUUUUUUUCUGGCA